AUGGGUAGAUUUCAUGAAGGCAUGUCGUUUGCACAUUUCGUUGGCUUUAUAUUUCUUUUCCCUCUUUUUAGCUCCGGCUUCUUACGCCGAUGUGUUAUUCCUGGCCGUGCCGUAAUUCCACAGCCUAAUUAUCUUCGCCAAAUAAAAGAUGUGACUAUGCGCCCACCACGGAUCCGUAAAGAUCAUUGGACCCCCUUAGCCGUGGUAGUUGGUUUCAAGAAUAAAUCAACCCCAAUGUCGGUUAGCAAUUUGAUCCAAGAUUACAUUGCAAAACACCCCAGACCUCCAUUCCCUACUACCAUGUCCAAGAGAGAACGUAAAGUUGAGGAACAAAAACAAAUCGAACCGACUUUGACGGCGUUGGGUUGGGCGAUGAAUGAAGCAAUGCGUAGACAGUACGAGAGUUGCGAAAAUAUAAUCAAGAUCUUUUGGGAACGUGAAUCAUUGAAAGAUAUUCCAAAGCUAAAAGCUGAUAUUGAUUGGCCAAGCAACAUAGAGCAUUCACGGUUGGUACUGGAAAGAGGACGAUUCGUGAAGAAUUUUGAAUUGAAAAGGGAGGUACCAAGUGAAUUGCAAAAGGAAAAGGAAAAUAAGAGAUUGGAAGCAAUAGCCAAAAAGAGGCGGAUAUCGUACUAUGUUGAGAAAGCGAGAAAAGAGCGAAUCGCGCAUGGUGAAGAUGUGUCAAAGUUAUCGCGCAGUCGUGGGAGUGUAUAUGUUCCUUAUAAACCCUUUGUGAAUCCUACGCCGCUGGAAAACGUAGAGGUGCCAGUAACAAAGGAUACUUCAUAUGGAAACCUAGUGUUGGCGUUUGGAAUACUACUCACAAUCGCUCUUGUUUUUGCAUUCGGAUUCUGGUACUAUCGUCGCCGACAGAGAAGACAUAAUUUCCAUCGUCUGAAGACGAACCUUGGAACAACCCCAAGAAAUUCUGUAGUAUCGACAGGUAGCGCAUUCACAGUAGCAACAUCAUCUCGCGCAUUGGAGAACAAUGACUUCUUAGAUACAGAUAUAAUGUCGCAGGUUGAUAGGACUUCAUUUGUGGGCGUGGAGAGUCUCACCCCGACGAGUAGUGGUGCUGGUGUUGGUACUCCUACUAUUACGGUCGAUAGUGGGUCUGCACGGCAAGUUUCUGAACAGAGAACCAGCGAACUUGACGAGUUACGUGAUGAUACACAGUUAUCGUAA